GAUCACGUGCUUCUUCCACUUCGACAGUUGGCAAAUCUUUUAAAGAGUCCUGAGUUCACCCUUGCCGUUCAGAGAGUACGACAACGUCGCCGUCAACAUCCUCCUUCUUUGUUCUCACCUCAUUCCAAUAAUUUGCGGAAAGCUACGACCACAGAAGAUGGUGCGUUGGAGACAGACUCCUCUCAAUCCACAGGUGACAGUCUCCCUGACCUUCGAAACGAGGAGGAGGAGGAAACGAAGAGUGACUCGGUCCCUGAAGAGCUCUGGCUCACCGUCUACUCUACUCUUUCCACCAGCACUAUUGUCUCGAUGAACAGAAACGACUCUGCAGGAGAAAAAAAGGGUGCCUCCGGACCUGCCUCUCCACCUAUAAAAUUGAUUCCCAAUCUCCUUCUCCUCGCUGCUGGAUCACUGGAAGCUGCAUUUGAACUCUUCGGUAAACGCCUUUCGAAACGUCUGGGUCUUAAUGAGAAUAAUGCGGCGGCAGCUUGUGUCAGUCUUCGACGUUCGAAUCCCGUUUGUAUAUCCAUUGAAAAGCCAGGAAUGGAUGCCGAACGAUCUGACUAUGCUGACUCACCUGACGACGACACAGGCAUAGUUCACGUAUGCGCUGGAAAUAUUGCUGGAAUAGCCAAAACUAGCAGUCCAACUUCUGAUGCCCUCGAUUCAGCCGAGGUACUUUUAUCCAAUGAAAACCGUAAUUUUAAGGACUUUAGUACUGGUGAAUUGGAAGGUCACAAGCCAAAGCCUCCAUGA